CGCCAUGUUUUACACCAAACACAUCAACGACAUACGAAGUACAAACUAGAAUGGCGAGCAUGACAACAUCCUUAGCUAUGGUUCUCGUUGUGCUCGCCGUCGUGUCCUAUGGCCUCCCUGCCGCCCAUAGCGACAUCGACUUCAUCGCCCGCACAUGCAGGAAGACCACUAAUGCUGCAUUGUGUGUGGCCAUGCUAAGCGCUGACCCAAAGAGCGGCCAAGUGUCCACCGAGCAUGACCUUGCCAGCAUCGCUUUGCAAAUCGCCACCAACACCGCCAAGAAGAACGCCGCGGUCAUCUAUGACCUAGGCGGUAAGUACCAGGGCACACCAGUGGGACCUGCGUGGAAUGUAUGUGUUAAGGCACAUGUCAUUGCGGCGACCGAACUCAUGAUCGACGCCCGCCCCAGCUUCAACGGUGGGGACUAUGCAGAGACGUCGAAGAUCGUGUCCGAGGCGAAGGGCGCGGGCAAUGCAUGUGAGAACGCGUUCAAGGGGAUCCAUAAAAAGUCUCCCGUGGCCAACAUGGAUCGCGAGACGACGGAGCGGUGCGGCGUCGCCGGCGACCUCAUCGGACUGCUCAUCGGCAAGUGAUCGAUAAUAGCCCAUCUUAUCUGCUUGUUCACUCCUCUCAUCAAUAAUAUCAAACCUCGGCUUAUCCGCUCCUCUUCAUCAAUAAUAGAUCAAGUUGUGCAUGUCAAGAAAAAAACUGUUGCCUUUUUCUUCUUGUAGCGCAGGAGAAUAAAUGCUGGUUGUGCAUGUGCGUAUGUUGGGCUGGCCCAGAAGGCAAGCCCACCUUAUCUGGUAGUAGAGCCCAACGGCACCACAAUUAUAGCCUCUCUCUUCUCGUCAUUCUUCUCGGGUCGUUGUCGUCCUCGUGUCUCACUCUCUCUCUCCGAUAAAAUUUAG